AUGGGUGAUAAUCCUUUAUGGGGUUUAUUCAGGAAUCCAUGGGAAAUUUUCAAGAAAGACGAGUUAGGUCUAGAAAUGGCACAGAUUGCCUUGCCUGCAGCACUGGCUCUAACUGCAGACCCUAUUGCUUCUCUAAUUGAUACUGCUUUUAUUGGCCAUAUAGGUCCUGUGGAGCUAGCUGCAGUAGGAGUUGCAAUUGCUGUCAUUAAUCAAGUAUCAAAAAUUGCAAUUUUCCCACUUGUUAGUGUCACGACUUCUUUUGUUGCUGAAGAAGAUGCUAUGCAAAGUUUGAAAGGUGAAACAGAGGAGAUUAAAUUAUUGGAAAAAGGGUUUUCUGCAGAUAGUGAAAAGGAAGAUUUUAUACCAGAAAUCGAAACUAGUGACGGUCGGAAUAAGAAAAGGCAUAUAUCAUCAGCUUCAUCAGCAAUGGCGAUUGGCGCCAUUCUUGGCCUCAUCCAAUCUAUAUUCCUUAUUUGUGCUGCAAAACCCGUUCUUGACUACAUGGGUAUAAAAUCAAAUUCGCCUAUGCUGAAACCAGCACUAAGGUAUUUAACAUUGAGGUCACUCGGUGCUCCAGCUGUUCUUCUUUCUUUGUCCAUGCAAGGUGUUUUUCAGGGUAUUAAGGAUACAAAAACUCCUCUGUGUGCAACUAUGGUUGGAGAUGUGGCGAAUAUAGUAUUGGACCCAAUAUUCAUCUUCCUAUUUGGUAUGGGUGUUAGCGGUGCAGCCAUUGCCCAUGUCAUUUCCCAGUACUUAAUUACCUUAAUGCUCAUGUGGAGAUUAAUGGAAAAAGUUAAUCUCUUGCCUCCAACAGUUACGGACCUGCAACUUGGACGGUUUUUCAAGAAUGGAUUGCUUUUGUUAUUCAGGGUAAUUGCAGCAACGUUCUGUAUAACACUGGCAGCUUCAUUGGCUGCAAAACUGGGAUCAACAUCCAUGGCUGCCUUUCAGGUGUGCUUGCAAGUUUGGUUAGCAACCUCAUUGCUUGCUGAUGGAUUAGCUGUAGCUGGACAAGCGAUUCUGGCCAAUGCAUUUGCAAGAAAAGAUUAUGAGAGGGCCACCGCCGCUGCUGUUCGUGUAUUACAGUGGAGUUUGGUUCUGGGGCUUGUUCUCUCUCUUGUUGUGGCUGUUAUACUACAAUUUUCAUCUGAACUCUUUACAAAGGAUAUAACCGUUCAUCGCAUUUUACAUUUAGGCAUCCCGUUUGUGGCAGUGACCCAACCAAUUAAUUCCUUGGCCUUUGUUUUUGAUGGAAUAAACUAUGGAGCAUCAGAUUUUGCUUAUUCUGCAUAUUCCAUGGUUUUAAUUGCAGCAUCGAGUAUCUUUUUCUUGUUUUUUCUAUCUUCUAGUCAUGGUUUUGUGGGCAUAUGGAUUGCCUUGUCGAUCUUUAUGAGUUUGCGGGCACUGGCUGGAUUUUUGAGGAUUGGAACAAGAACUGGACCAUGGGGCUUUCUCCGGAGUUAA